UUUCCUUCCCUUACGAAGUUAAUUAUUUGUCAAUAGUUUGUAACGUAAUCGAAACGUAAUUGUUUACUAACGAAUUCUUUGUAUUGUUUACAAUGAAACUUGUUUUUAAGUUAUUGUUUAUUUUAAGUAUAAAAUGUACAGGAUUCGUACAUUCAGCAUCACCUCCUUUAAUUCUUACACCUUUCAUUGAAGAAAAUAAAAUCGAUGAUGCGAGAAAGCUUGCCAGUGUUGACCCAUUACUGUUUCUUAAUGUGACUAGUUAUUCAGGAUUCCUCACGGUUAACAAAGUAUACAAAUCGAAUAUGUUCUUCUGGUAUUUCCCCGUUCCUGAUAAGCCACUUGACAAAACGCCUUGGAUUAUUUGGCUGCAAGGAGGGCCUGGAACCACCAGUCUUGCUGGAGUUUUCGACGAAGUCGGACCGUUUGAAUACAAGAAAGGGUCAGGCUUAAAAAUGCGCAAAUUUUCAUGGUGGCCAGAGUAUUCUAUGGUGUUCAUCGACAAUCCCGUGGGCACAGGGUUUAGCCACAGCAAACAAAUUGACGGGUUAGCAACCAACAUGGAUAUGUACUCCACCCAGCUGUACUCUGCAGUACGGCAGCUGGUGCUGCUGUUCCCUGAGCUGAGAUCGAGUGAGCUGUAUGUAGCGGGCGAGUCCUACGCCGGACACUACAUACCGGCCUUGGCAAAUAAAGCUAUCCAGGAGAUGGACGAUAGUACUUACGGAAAGGCGCCUUUCAACUUGCAGGGUUUAAUUAUGAGUAAUCCUGUCUUGGAUAGAGAAGGGCUGACAGAUUUUACAACGAUGUUCUACAACAUGGGACUGUUGGAUAGACAGGGCGUGAUCGCCGUCACUCCUCUGCAGGAACAGUUCACGCAGGCGGUACGAGAUGGUAAUUCCAGUGCUGCUGCUCAGCUUCACACGCAAUUGUUUAAAAAGUUACAAGUCAUCUCGUCUAGUGUAUUCGAGAAUUACGACCAUUUGAAGGAUUUUAUGGAAUAUGUCGCGUUAGAGAAAGUUCGCGCGGCGCUGCACGUCGGUGACACGAAGUUUGUAUUCACCAACAUGUGGGUGCACGCGGCGCUCUACGAUGAUUUCUUGACUUUAAUGUCGCCUGUUAUGAACAAUGUUUUGGAACGUUAUAGGGUCCUGAUAUUUUGCAGUCAGUUGGGUCUGACUACGCCAUGCGCGGCGGCGGCUGAGCGCAGACGUAUUAUCUGGCGCUGGCGGGGCCGAGACCAGUUCCUGCACGCGCCGCGCACGCCCUGGUGGCAUAACGAGUCGCACGCCGGAUUCGUUAAAAGUGGAGGUGGAUUUACAGAAGUUCUCCUUCUGGAUGCAGGUCAUUUUGCACCUAUUGACAAACCACAGCAGGUGCAGCAGCUAGUGUCGUACUUCAUCAGGGGACUGGAUCUGCCGAUGCCACCGAACUAUCAGGUGGAUCCAGCGAAUACUCCAGAGUAUACCGUACCGGAUAACCAAAAUGUCGUACCAGAUUUGACCAGGACCGAUUUUAGAACCGGUUUUAUUGUUAGCGUUUUUGUAAACGUUGUUUUUGUUUUGGGUUUUCUUGCUCUGGCUUUAUUCGCUUAUUGGAGAAGGGGCGAGGAAUUCUCUCAUACACCUCUUUUUGGCGGCACUUUUUAAUCAAUAUGCAAAAAAAAAAA